UUUUUUCUUUAGUCGACAAGAUUUUUAACGUUUCUUUUUAUUUUGUUUAAAUCAAUUGUUUUAAGCGUCUACUUCGGAGUACGUACAUUGAUAAAGGUGCGCAGUAAUAUAACCUGACGUGUUACCUUCCGUAGUCCCUUCGCUUUGUCGGUCCGUUUACUAAUUACUUUGUCGCCCCUUUCACUUUGUCGUUCUGUCGGUUUGCGAAUUUCGUCCGAAAACCCAAGAAAAUGCCUUUCCGUCGUUGAUUUAUUUCAGUUUGAUUCGAAGUGAAAACACGACAAAUGGCCAAUAGCGAAACGGCUCAGGUUUGUUCACUUCCUCUUCCUCCUGCCCAGUAUAUAAACAACUACACAGAUGAAAAUAUCAAAAGAGGAAGAGCUCCCAGGCCGCCUCCUCCUAUCCACGAUUCAUAUUCCAUGUUUGGAGUCACCUAUAACGCAGACGAUUCCAUAAUCAGACCGCUUGAAGCCCAGGGUAUUAAACGGCUCUAUCCUCAACAUUUCGAUAGAAGGAGAGAAUUGCGUAAACUGAAUCACUCGUUGCUUGUUAAUUUUCUCGAUUUGAUCGACCUUCUCGUACGAUGCCCCGAAUCGCCUAGAAGGGCGGAAAAGGUAGAAGACCUCAGCCUUCUCUUCAUACACAUACACCAUUUGCUCAACGAAUUCCGACCGCAUCAGGCACGUGAGACACUUCGCGUCAUGAUGGACCUGCAGAAAAGGCAGCGCAUUGAGAUCUCGCAGCGAUUUCAGAAACAUCUCGACAAGGUCAUCGAAAUGCUUCAGCAAGCGCUACAGAAUCUUCCGGACACGUCGGACUUCGAUUCAAAGCUGAUGAUUCCGACCGAAGCGUUUGAAAACCUCGACUCGGCAAAUCACGACUCCUCGAAUGGGGAUACAACUUCUAUACUGGACGAUAUGAUGUGCGAUAUAGUCGAUCAACUCUAAAUCUUAACAAUUAUCAUUUAAUUUAUUUUGUCCAAGAAAAUGCUGCUCCAGUGAUAGAAUUAACUCCAGACGAAACUAAAUAACAACUAUUUGAGUGAAGAUCAAGUAAAUGGUCAUCGGAUGAAGAAAACACUCAAAUCAUGCCUAACUUUCGUCAAAUAAAAAUAAUAAGGUUGAAGUUAACAAUCAUCUUUACAAGCCCUAGAUUGAGAAAUACAUAUUUUAAAUACAAAAGUUUGAAGACAUUAUAAAUGAAUUUUUAUGUAUCUAUAAAUAUAUUUUUUU